AUGUCGACGUCACUUAAGCCUGCCGCCAACAUCCGCUCCCGUGGUCAGAGCAUGGGUCGGAUCAACGUCGGAGACACUGCCGCUCUGCUCUCAACAAUGCCGUUAUCGCCUCUGGCUCGUCGGAACUCACAGGCUCGACAAGACGCCAUUGACGACACCAAGAACACCGCCCCUUGGUUGGCACGCUUCGACCAAUUUUGCUCUCAGCAAACUUGGGUGAAGCCGUUGUUGGCUUUGCUUUUCACCCUUGUGUUGUAUCGGUUGGUACCGGAAAAGUCGGGAUGCCGCAAAGUGUUGGAGGCGUUCAUCUUCCCGUCGUAUAAGUUAGAGAACGGUGAAUACGGGAAGGGUGAAAACGACUUCUAUUUCGUAUUUUACUAUGCACUUUUCUUCACGUUCUUGCGUGAGUUUGUAAUGUGCGUAGUAUUGCGUCCGUUGGCCAAUUAUUUUGGUAUCACCAAGGAAACGAAAGUGAAGCGGUUUAUGGAACAAACUUACGCCAUGUUCUAUUAUGGGAUUCUGGGGCCCUUCGGUUUAUACAUUAUGAAGCAAUUGCCUCUCUGGUACUUUAACACCUACUACUUUUACAUUGACUUUCCUCAUCGCACCCACUCGCUUUUGUUCAAGAUCUAUUACCUUGGUCAAGCAGCUUUCUGGGUUCAACAGUCGAUUGUGCUUCUUUUGCAAUUGGAAAAGCCAAGAAAGGAUUUCAAGGAACUCGUUUUUCACCACAUUGUUACGAUUGCGCUUAUCUGGACGUCGUAUCGUUUCCACUACACGUGGAUGGGUAUUGCUGUCUAUAUUACUAUGGAUGUUUCGGACUUUUUCUUGGCGACGUCUAAAACACUCAAUUACCUUAACUCGCGGUUGACUCCGAUUUUCUUCGUGUUUUUCGUGUUUGUAUGGGGUUACUUACGUCAUUACCUUAACCUCAAGAUUUUGUGGUCCGUGCUUACAGAGUACAAAACUGUUGGUCCUUAUGAGCUCAACUGGGAAACGCAACAGUACAAGUGUUGGAUUUCGCAACCUAUGGUGUUUACGCUCAUCUUCUUGUUGCAACUUGUUAACCUUUACUGGUUCUUUUUGAUCUUACGCAUUUUGUACCGAUUUAUCUCUUCUGGGGUGGAGAAGGAUGAACGUUCUGACGACGAAUCGGAAGAAGAAGAAGACUCGAAGAAGAAGCAGUAG